ACAAAAUAAACAAUGAUCAAGUCCCGUGCCGAAGGCCUAGUGAGUGAAUAAAGAGGAAUUUUAAGGUUAUUGUUUCAAAGAAAAAAAGAGGAAAAAUAAUGGAAGGUUUCGAGAAGGUAACAAUAGGAGAACCAAUGGAGGUAGUUGAAGAAACCAGUUGUUCCAAAUCUACUCAAAUCGUUGAUUUAUUACGCAAAUUUCUCAAUGUACAAACACGAAGAGCAGAAGCUUAUGCAAAUCUCCGAAGUGGGUUUAACAAUUAUAUGGGUGGUGGAACAGAAGCGGGUUACCAACAAGUAUGCCGUGAGAUUACAGAGGAGUUCAAUGAGUGCUCAAAACAAGUUCUUAAACUGGAAGCCCUAUUUUUGAACGCUGGUUGCUGUCGUGAUGAUCUUGCUAGCCUUUUGAGAUCUGUUCAAGCACAUGAAAAGCAGAAAUUGCAAUUGACAGUGACAAUUCAACUCUUAAAGAAAUCUGGCCGCCCUUCAGAACGUUUGGUGAGCCAUGAGAACUGCAGAUUUAGAACGCCUGCUGCGCAUGAAUGUAUGCAUGUUCAUGAUUUAACAGUAGCUGAUGGAACUGAAGAUGCAGAGGCUGAUGCAGAGUACGAUGGCGCAAUGAAGGAAGCCAUUAGAGGUGUGCAAGACGCAGUAACGAGCAUAAAUGAACACUUAGAUGAAGUCAGAUAUGAGAUUGAGGCCCUUGAAGCUGAAACUUAGAAGUAACAUUUAGGGGUUAUUUUGCUCUUACUUUUUUUGUAAGUCGAAUUGUCUUCUACAAAAAUCCAGAUGGUGCAGAAGAUGAAUGGUUUUCCUGUAUGUUAGAAAUAGUUGUGAAAAUCAGAUUCUAAGUUAUUUUUGAUGCUUGUCGGAAACAUUUAUGUUUAAAAAUGUUCCCUGCAUUCCUUUUUGUAUUUCCAUUCGGUUUGCAAAAUUGAAAUUGCUUUUAAGAAGAUUUACAUGUAAGUUGGUGCAUUUGGCGCUUCUGUAA